AUGCUGCUCGAUCAGCGUGCGCACUCGGACUUUGAGUGGUUGCUCCAUACGGAACCCAAAGAUUCCGUCCUCAUCGACCAACGGACCCGGGUGGACAGAAACAACGGGCACAUUUUGGGCUACAAGUUUUUGAAGGAGGACAAACUCGUCCUGGAUCGAUCGACGCUGGCAAGCGUUGACGGCCACCUUGCACACCGGGAAAUCGUCGUCUUGUACACAAGGAUCUAA